UUGGGUUGCUGAAGUUGAUACAUGGGUGAUGUCACCGUCCACAUACUGACAGCCUUGGCGGCCGUCGCUCGGCGAGGCAGCCCAGAUAGGUGGUCGUCGUAGCCCGCCGCACCGUGCGGCGCCAUGGGCUCCCUGGCACUGAAUAGCCUGUUCACCGUCGCGCACUUCAUAAAGGCCAGGUGCGAGCAUGGCCUGAAAGCUGGGGAACUCAAGGAUAAAAACUAUAUUUUCUUUGAGGUGGAGAUACUGGAUUACAAGACCAACAAGCAGCUGUGCUUCCUGGAUAAGGUGGAACCUCACGCUACCAUAAAAGAAAUCAAGUCCUUGCUCUACAAGUGUUACCCCAAGCUGUAUCCUGCCAGACAAUCGCUCAAGCUGCAUCGCAGCGGAAAUGCGCUUAAAGAUGACGACAUCCUGGAAAACCUACCAGUCGGGACCACUGCAACGAUGUACUUUAAAGACCUUGGUCCACAGUUGGGAUGGACGAUGGUGUUUCUGGUAGAAUACAUUGGGCCCCUCUUCAUCUACCUGCUGUUCUACUUUCGCCUCCCGUACAUCUAUAGCCAGAAGUACACCUUCACGUCCAGCCCAUACCCCGUGGUCCCUCUGGCCUGUGCUUGUCACUCGUUCCAUUACAUCAAGAGGCUGAUCGAGACUAUAUUUGUACAUCGAUUCUCCCAUGGUACCAUGCCACUGAGGACCAUGCUAAAGAAUUGUCUAUAUUACUGGGGCUUUUCCGCUUGGUUGGCCUAUUAUAUCAACCACCCUCUGUACACGCCUCCAUCCUAUGGAAACCAGCAAGUCCAUUACGCACUGAUUAUGUUUGUGCUCUGCGAGGCUGGUAAUUUUUCAAUUAACCUGACGCUCAACAACAUGAAAAGCAGCGGGACUCUGUUGACAAGGUUCCCGUAUCCAACCCGAAACCCCUUCACCUGGCUGUUUUUCUUUGUGUCUUGUCCUAAUUAUACGUACGAGGUUGGAACUUGGAUUGGCUUCACGAUAAUGACACAAUGUGCUCCAGUGGCACUUUAUACGCUGGUGGGCUUCAUCCAAAUGACCAUCUGGGCGAGAGGAAAGCACAAGACCUACAUACAACAGUUCAAGGACUACCCUGGCCUUAGGGUGGCUAUCAUCCCACUCUUCCUCUGACUCUGACUCUGUUUGCUGCCCGAUGGCACACUUCCGGAGCCAGCUCGACGGCGCCCCCCACCUGCCCAGUGUGAAGGUACAGCUUGAUUAUUUUCCCCAACACGUGACGUGCAGAUUGCAGUAGUGUCACCAUUGGGAGCAGCUGGUUUUGGUGUACUUCUCCAACACCUUAGGAGAGCUCAGAUUUGAAUGAUGUACAUCAGAACAGAGGUAACCUAUUUUUUUGUAAACCCAUAGCGUAAUGAAUUACGAAUGGGUCGUAAUGAGUUUUCCAAAGCACCGGAGUAACUUACUUGUACAAUAUCAGCAAAGUGCUGUUUGUUUAAUCAUUCCUAAGACCUUGUGGUGGUAGGGAGGAGACUUGUAAUAGGGCUGAUUUGUUGCCGUUACGUAGCACUAGUUACCCUCAAAGGGAACAGUGUGGAGAUGAUGGCACCAUUUUAUAUGUGAUCUAAUGCAACAGGAACAAUCUCCAUGUCACAAAUGGAAAAGAUCGAGUUGAAGGUCUAAGUGAAGGGGAAGUUUACGUUUACCUUGCUGCAAAGUUCAGCCUAUUAAUAUUGUUCUACAAAAAUAACUGCAAUUAAGGGCUACUUUUAAACUCUAGGUACCGCUCCCUAAACUUUUGCACUUAUGCAUGGAGAGGAAUGUAUAAGAAUUUAUCGAGGGCGGAUUAAAAGAAAAACUGUUUGCAGUAAAUUUAAUUGUGAAUUUCACGGCUGUUUUCUAGAAAUAGGUACAAAAGAAGUUUAUAAAUGUUAAAAGGUCGGUAAGCUGCAGUGUGGUCAGGUUGUCCUUGAUGCCAUCACAACCUUGUAACAAAAGAUUGAGUUGCCAUGUUCCUUAAUAAACAUGAAAAUUAUUUCAA